GCGAAACCGGCAUCUGUCUUUUUCUCGGACAUUCCUCACUUGUUUGGCUUGCGACCGACUCGGAGCUCGGGUCACCCUUGUGUUUCAUAUAGGGUUGGCCGGCUGGUUCCCCGCGUUCGAGCUUCGCAGUCGUCGAUCUCAACAGACAGUCAGAGCUGUCGGAGCUGUCGAAACUGCUCGGUCUCUCGUCUGGGCGUCGCUGGCUGAAAACACGCUCGCUGCCCGCGUCUCUUUGGCCUCACGUCUGGUUUGAAGGACGCUCCAGGGACUCGGUCCGAUUCAUUCUUCCACGAUUCUCCCUCGCCAACAGAGAGACGCACUCAGCAAUGGACAGCAAACCACAAGGAACAGGUUCCGAUUCACCGGGACCCAAAAUCCUCCGCCCGAUCCCCCGCCGCCCCUUCGAUCUCAAACUUUCCAGCCCAACACCGCCAGAGGAAGAGGAGGAGGACCACGCUUCCCCCAGACCCCAAAUCAGCGCCAGCGACCUGCGUUUCCUUGCCCCUCACCAAAACCACACGAACUCCCAUUCCCAAAACGACAGCUCCACCCCGCUCAGCCAUACCACCUCCUACCUCAACUUGACCGCGCCCACUCUCUACGGUAUUUACUCUCCCUCCAUAACGAGUCCCCUCAGUAGGGAUGAAGACGAUGCGGACCAGUACUUCGCCGGCCGCGGCGACCCGCUGCUCUCCAGCCCCGACACCCCUCUCGAAGGGCCCGCGCCGCGGCCCGGCCUGGACGAGGAGACCUACCAGCUGAUGUGCCAGCGCGCCUCUUCCGGCUCCGCCUCCUCCUCCUCGCAACCCAGGCGCCGCAACUCCCUGGCGGCGCCGCCGACGGCAUCCUCGUCGUCCCCGCGGAGGCGAGCCGCGGCGGCGCUGCAGCUCCUGCUGCGCGCGGGGCUUCUCUUCGUCCUCGGCGUCGGCUACGGCGUGCUGGUCACGCGGCUGCCGCAGCAGCACGGCCGCCGCCUCGCCGCGUACGAGUCCCCCUACGAGUGGCGCUAUCUCGCAUUCUGGGGCGCCGCCGGCGUCGCGCUCGGCAGCCUGCUGCCGUGGUUCGACCGCUUCUGGGAGGAGUCGACGGCAUCUCGGCAGCGCGGGGGAGGCGCCCCAGCAACGCGGAAGGAUGUGGCAGUCCCCGGCCCUCGGGCGGGGUUGAUCGAGGGUGUCGAGGCGCCGGUCACGGAGAAGCCCUCGGCGGCGGCGGCGCCACGGGCGGACUGGGCGCUCGUCGUGCGCGGCGUCGGCGCGUUCGUCGGCAUCGUCUUCGCCAUCCGCAAGCUGCCGUGGGCGUCGACCAUGCAGGUAUCGCUGACGCUGGCGCUGGCGAACCCCUUCCUGUGGUACCUCAUCGACCGGUCCAAGCCGGGCUUCCUGCUGUCCGCCGCCGUCGGCUUGGCCGGGUCGGUCGUGCUGAUGGGCCUGAACCCGGACGUCAUGCCCGCCCCGACGGCCAAUGCUCAUCUGACGGCGGCCGCUUCGUCGUCGUCGCUGGGGGCCACUGCUGCUAAUGACACGGCGAGUGGGGAUAGUGGCGGCGCCGCGUGGGGUGGUGGUAAUGGUAAUGCUGCGGCGGCGGCGGCAACCUCCCUGUGGGGGCUAGCCAGCCAGGAGACGAUCGAGACGGGCAUCUGGAUGCUGAGCGUGCUGUUCUGCAGCUGUGUGUGCUUUGGGAAUAUCGGGCGCCGGCUGGCGCUGAACUCGUCGGCGGCCGGCAGGGGCAGAUGGGGCGGUGUGAGGUGAAGUGAACAAGACGUCCCCGCGACGACGCGUCGGCGUCUGUGAUUCUGUCUCUAUAGGAGCAUAGUGCGUUUUGCUUAGGGGCCACACACAACAUUCGAUACCAGUCAUGAGCGAUUUGG